AUGUACUACAUGGUCGAAGAUGUCACCGCUCCCUGAGCAGUUCACUGAGCGGCAAGUUGGUAUUACUGAAUACAUACGCUUACUGAGCAGCUUUCAGGGAGCGAUCGCCAUAUUUGGUAAAAAUUUUACGCUCACCUGCUUACUGAGCAGCUCACUCUGUAAGAAACAACGAUCAUUUGAAAUCAACAAACGAAUAGAAGACUACAGAAAGAAGAAUAGACAGGUUAUGGCGUUAAAUAUUAUUUAUCAGUAUUAUUUAUUUCAAUAGGGUAAUGGCAUUUGCAGAAAAGAGCUAUAUAAUAAAUGGAAUACUUUAUAAUAUGGUUGAAAGCGAUGAAGUGCAACCAAAAGUACCAAAUGAAUCGUUUACAUGGACAAGGAGUGCCAUACAUCUGCUUUUAGACGAAUAUUUGGAUAGGAAAGAAAGGUUUCAAAGUCCGUUGAAUUUAAAAAAAAGUUUAUGGAACGAAAUUAGAAAAAAGUUUGCCGAGAAGGAUUAUAUAAUUUCCGAGGAACAGCUGGACAAAAAGUUUAGGAAUUUGAAGAAAACGUACAUCAAAAUAUAUAACAAUCAAAGAAGUACAGGCGGAGGUGCAUUAGUUACCUGGGAUUACUACGAUAAAUUCAACAAAAUAUUCAACGCCGAUAAGUUGAAUGAUAGCGACGAUACACUUUCAAACAUGGCCAUCGGAGAAGAUGAAAAAUUGAGUACCCAGUUAUUGGACAUGCAAUCGGAAGACGUGCCGAAGGCACAAUUACAAGUCGAAUCGAUUCCAGGUACAUCCAUAAAACACGAAAGACCGAUGAGCAAGAAAUCGAUACCUUUAAAUAGAAAGAGGACGUAUACUGUUAUGAAGAAAAAUGUAUCGCAUAUGAACAUCGAGAAAGAAAAAUUAGAGGAAAUGAGAAAGAGUAGAAUCGCGUUAGAACAUAUGGUGAAAGUGCAGGAGGACAGGAACUGUUUGAUAAAAGAAUUGAUAGAGUGUUUAAAAGAAAAUUGUUAAUUAAUGCGUUUCGUUGAUAAUAAAAUUUUUGUUUAUACUGAAAUUAUUUUUAGUUGGUACUUUUAUGUCUUUAUUAUAAGCCCACGAAAGCGACACAGAUAGCGGCUACAUGAGCGCUCACAGAUAGCGGCUGCAUGAUCAUUGAGGGGCUCAGUGAGCGAUGACCUUUCUGGAUGCACCGGAAGUCGCACUUGCAA